AUGAUAUGGGUCGUCAUCCCCAGCCUUAAGGAUUCCACCGUCACCGACAGCAAGAACUUUCUUCGAUUCAGCAUCAUCUUCCAGUUCCUACCCAGGCUCUUCGAAAAUGAAAGUGAGGAUGAUGGUCUUGACAUGGGUGAUGAUGAUGAUGUUGAGGAACCUGAAAAUGAACCAAAGGCUAUUAGGAAAGAACCAACCAUUGAGAAACCUGCUCCUGUUUCAGCACCACCCAAAGAUGCUGAAAGAAAUGAGACAGCUGACAAGAAGCAACUGGAGCAAAGUAGUGAAGGGGAGAAGAAAGAAAGUGUUGGUGCUCCUUCAGCUAACAGAAUCUUAAAGAAGAAGAAAUCCAAGAAAGAAAAAUCAUCAAAGGAACAGGAGGAGCAUGAUCAAAAUCAGGAGAAAGGAGACAUUGAAGCUGAAGUGGCAGAUGCAACUGCAGUUGACGUAAAGGAAAGGAUAAAGAAGGUGGCCUCCAUGAGGAAGAAGAAAUCAUGCAAAGAGAUGGAUGUCGAACAGUUGAAUAAAAGGGCUUCUUACUUGAUGUAA